ACUUGUCGCAAUGGCGAUGGCGAUGUUGCGUGCUCGGUUCUUGCUAACCAGCGGCCACUUGGUUGCCACCUGCCUCGUUAGAAUGGAGACCGCUAGCAUAGUGGCGUAUCUAUCGUUUGCCCUAGCAAUCGGAAAUCUAUUCGCAGGGUUGGACGUCUACUCGCCGAUAGUAGGUACAAGCAAGCUUAAAAUGAGAGUGGGGUCUCUGUUCACGACACCUCCACAUCGGUGUAUACAGAAGAAUGCUGUGCAUAUUUUCUGCCACUUCGUUGGGGGCGUAUGUGUAUGCCAAAUGAUUCUACACGACUUGGACCCGGCGCGAUACCUGUGGUAAGAAUUGUAGGUUGUCUAUCUACAUGCAUCACGAUACGGGACGUGUAAUACUUUGUGCUCUUAUGGCCACAGGUAUGUGGUGUUGCUGACUCACCUGCCAAGUUCGCUGUGUAUUCUAGACACCACCGCACAGCGCUUCCUCUUCAAAACUGCGCAGCAUCCAUACUAAACGCUACAACUAAAGACAGAGCAAGUGCGGAUUUUGCUUUCAGUGUGACUAAGUGUUAUUAUAAAAAAGAGCAAUACUUCACACUACUGCGAGGCAUCUGUAUCCCUU